UGGCAGGUGCUCACGCGGCGGAGGCUGUCGGGCCGGACGGCCGGGAGGAUCGAUGUGUACUUUGUGAGCCCUGAAGGAAAGAAGCUGAGAUCCAAGAGCGCCCUCCUCGAGUAUCUUCGGAAAACUGGGGAGACGAGUCUGAGAGCAGAAGACUUUGAUUUUAGAGCUCCUGGUUCCAGUGACACAUCUGCCAAACCUGAGGAGAAAACCAUGGGAUUGGAAGUGGGGAGAGAGACAGACCGAGGGAAUCCAGGCAACCAGGAUUUCCAGCCUGAGGCUGACACAGACACCAAGGGCUUGCAGCUGUGUGACAAGAAAAGCUUCACCGCAGUGAAAAAGCCACCAGGUAUUUAAAAGUCUGUCCCACGGACACAAGUGGACAGGAGGAAAACGAGUCCAUAUUUUUCAAGUAGAUACAGUAAAGAAGCUCCCAGCCCACCCAGGAGGAAGGCCUUCAGAAAAUGGACUCCUCCACGUUCCCCUUUUAAUCUCAUCCAGGAAACACUUUUCCACGAUCCAUGGAAGCUUCUCAUUGCAACCAUAUUUCUCAAUAAGACUUCAGGUAAAAUGGCAAUUCCUGUGCUCUGGGAAUUCCUGAAGAAGUAUCCUUCUCCUGAGGUGACCCGGAAUGCUGACUGGAAGGAGAUGUCAGAGCUGCUCAGACCUCUUGGCCUCUAUGAGCUCAGGGCAAAAACCAUCAUCAGGUUCUCAGACGAGUACCUGAGCCGGGCCUGGCGGUACCCGAUCGAGCUGCACGGCAUCGGCAAGUACGGGAACGACUCCUACCGGAUCUUCUGCGUCAACGAGUGGAAGGAGGUGGGUGCGGCGGGGCUGGGGCGC